CAGCAAAUUACGAACCUUGUAUAUAAGUUGUUACCCUAGACGUGAUCUUGCUUCGGCGGCCUCCUUCCUGACAGCUUCGCGAUCGGAUCGCCAUGGCCGAUCCUUGUUCCGCCGAAGAUCUAGACCAGCUCCUAGACAGCGCUUUGGACGAUUUCUCUCAGCUCGGUCUCACUCCCUCCCAGAGUAGCGAUGGAAAAAGAGAUGGGAGAGCGGGGAAGGAUCCGUCGCCGCCCUCGUCGUCUUUCUCGCCACAAGUACAGGGAUUGGGAAUGGGUCUGCCGGAUCUGGGUGCGAGGAGGAAGGGGAAGCAGAGGACCCCUCCCAAGGGUUCCCACGCGUCCGAGGCACUUGAGAAGCUGACGCAGCAGACCCGAGAGGCAGUGAGGGGCUUGGAGUCCGCUACGAGAACCACCAACAUCCCCCAGGGUGCCGAUGCUGAAAUGGUCGAGGAGUUCGUCAAGCAGUUCGAGGCGGAGAUAGCUGGUUCGCAGGACAUGGAAUCUAUUGUUGAAACUAUGAUGCAGCAGCUUUUGUCUAAAGAAAUUCUCCACGAUCCCAUGAAGGAGAUUGGAGAAAGAUAUCCAAAGUGGUUGGAAGAGCACAAAGAUGCUCUGAAUAAGGAAGAUUAUGACCGCUAUUAUCACCAAUAUGAGCUUAUAUUGAAGUUAAAUGAGGUGUAUGAUAAGGAACCUGAAAACUUCUCCAAGAUUGUUGAUCUCAUGCAGAAAAUGCAGGAAUGUGGCCAACCUCCAAGUGAUAUUGUUCAUGAACUUGCUCCUGAUCUUGAUCUAAGCAACCUUGGGCAGCUAUCCCCGGACCAACUAGACGCUGCAGCCAACUGUUCUAUAAUGUGAAGACAUUAUGCACAGCAACAACAAGAUCGGUUCCCUUUCCUCUAAGAUGUUUAAUAUUAGGUUUUACAUUGGGGCCACCUUUGUUCCAUUGUCUCUUUCAUAGGCAUUUUCUGUUUGUACAAUAUUAUAAGCUAUAAAAGUUCGUCUGAGUUUUAUUAGUAGAAUUGUAGUUAAAGUUUUUGUCUUCUGAUGUUGGUCCAGUUAUUUGUUUGUUUC